AUGGCGGGGCUUGGUCGCAUUGGCUUUCUGGCCAUUGCUGUCGUCUUUCACCUCAUGUAUAUCCUCUCGAUCUUCGACAUUUACUUCGUUUCUCCUAUUGUGUCAGGCAUGAAGGACUUCAGCGUGGAUGCGCCUGAAGCUCCUGCUAAGCGCCUCGUGCUCUUUGUCGGAGACGGAUUACGCGCCGACAGGGCAUUCCAGUCUUUCCCAGAUCCCUCUCCCGCAAACCAGUCUACCACCGCGCAAGAAAUCCGACCGCUUGCGCCAUUUCUUCGCUCACGAGUGCUCGAACACGGCACCUUUGGAGUCUCGCACACGCGAGUACCAACAGAAUCUCGACCCGGCCAUGUGGCUCUCAUAGCCGGCCUGUACGAGGACGUUUCCGCGGUGACGACGGGAUGGAAGCUCAACCCUGUAAACUUCGACAGCGUAUUUAAUCGCAGCAGGCACACGUGGAGCUGGGGGAGCCCGGACAUCUUGCCCAUGUUUCAGGAGGGUGCUGUGCCUGGGAGGGUGGAUGCCUAUAUGUACGGCGCAGAAGCAGAGGACUACACUCUGGAUGCGACACACUUGGACACCUGGGUCUUCGAGAGAGUAAAAGGGCUUUUCGAGGAGGCGAAGACCAAUACUACACUGAAUGCAGCACUGCGAGAAGACAAGAAUGUCUUCUUCCUGCAUCUGUUGGGAAUAGACAUGACUGGACACGCCUACCGACCGUACUCACGCGAAUAUCUGCACAACAUCAAGGUGGUCGACAAGGGUGUCCAGGAAAUUACAGAGCUUAUCGAAGAGUUCUACGGAGAUGGAAAGACUGCCUUCGUAUUUACAGCUGAUCAUGGCAUGAGCGAUUGGGGCAGCCACGGUGACGGUCAUCCGGACAACACCCGCACACCGCUGAUUGCCUGGGGCUCCGGUGUUGCGCCGCCUGUUACUGUGAAUACGGGUGUUGCCAGGGGACAUGAGGAUGGAUUCUCAUCCGAUUGGGGGCUUGAUCACGUUUCAAGGCAUGAUGUUGCGCAGGCAGAUGUUGCGGCCUUGAUGGCCUACCUGGCUGGCCUGGCCUUUCCAGUCAACUCUGUCGGAGAGCUUCCACUGGCUUAUGUUAAGGCCAGCCCGAAAGCCAAGGCAGCGGCUCUGCUAGCGAACGCAAAAGAGAUUCUGGAGAUGUAUCGUGUCAAAGAAGAACAGAAGAAGUCUACUGAACUCCGUUAUAGACCAUUUCCCGGCUUCAAAGAUGAAGAACACUCAGUAGAGCAUCGCAUUGCUCGAAUCAAACAGAUGAUUGAUGACGGCGAAGCAGAAGAGGCCAUCAGUGGCUGCGAGGAGCUGAUGAAACUCGGGCUUGAAGGCUUGAGGUACCUCCAAACCUACGACUGGCUCUUUCUUCGUGCUUUGGUCACGACAGGCUAUCUUGGGUGGAUAGCGUUCGCUAUCACCUCAGUUAUCGAUCUAUACGUCCUCCGCGAACCCAUCGAGCCAUCGCGGACCACCUUCAGCAUCAUGGUCUUCUCUUCUGCGCUUCUCGCAUUGUAUUCAGUCUUGUACGUCCAGCGCUCGCCCUGGACAUAUUAUGCUUAUGGGAUCUUCCCAGUCAUGCUUUGGGAGGAGGUUUAUGCACGUAGAUCGGCGUUGGAGAAGGGGAGAGAUGUAUUAUUGGGUCACAUCUCCUCGACCGGGGAUUAUACAAGCCUUGUUCUUAAUACCUUCAUCUCUGUUGCUUUCCUGGAGGCUUUAGUGCAAAGCUACUUCCACCGCGAGGUUUUCACAGUGUGCUAUCUUGCUGCCAUCGCAUGGCCGGCCUUCUACGGUAUGGAUUUUGUACGCGAGCACCAGGUACUCGUCGCUACUUGGGCCUGCUCAUGCGGUGCCAUGAGUUUGUUCACACUGCUCCCAGUUGUGAAAGUGGAGAGCAUAAAUUUAAUACUACUCGGCGGAUUACUCAUGUUUGCCGUCGGUGCUCUUUAUGUAUUGUUCGAGAAGAGCAUCAUGGUGCAGUCAAAGUCAACGAAGGCCGCAUUGGCAUCGUCAUCGUUCGACCGGCUGUCAAGGACAGUCUUGGGCGUACAGACCGGACUCAUUGCGCUCGCAAUGUAUGUUACUAGGUCAAGCACUGCUUCUCUACAAGCAAGACUUGGCCUGCCUUUAGGGACACAGGUCGUUGGGUGGACGGUUCUGGUGGCAUCACUGACCGUUCCGUUCCUGCAUGGUCUCCAACCGAACAACCACUACCUGCACCGCCUAGUCGUCAUCUUCCUGUCAUUCGCACCCACAUUCAUCAUCCUCACCAUCUCCUACGAGGGUCUCUUCUACUUCGCCUUCUGCACCACUCUAGUCACCUGGGUGCGCCUUGAGCAUCACAUCUACACUUACACCAACUCUCUCCCGCACUCCUCGCCCUCUGCCUCACCUACGAGUCAACAAGACCUCAAUCCGUCUGGCUCCACGCUGCCGGCAGCAACAGCCAGCAAAGCGACGAAAGACACGGCUACCUACCGCUCGCUGACUCUCUCCGACGCUCGCAUCUCCCUCUUCAGCCUCUACCUCCUCCAAUCCGCCUUCUUCAGCACCGGGAACAUCGCCUCCAUCUCCUCCUUCUCCCUCGACGCCGUCUACCGCCUCCUCCCGAUCUUCGACCCCUUCUCGCAAGGCGCGCUGCUCGUCCUCAAACUGCUCAUCCCCUUCUUCCUCAUCAGCGCCAACCUGGGCAUCCUGAACAGGCGGCUGCGGCUGCCCGGUAGCGCACUCUUCGGCGUCGUUAUGGCUGUCGGGGAUUAUUUGACGGUGAGAUUCUUCUGGAGCGUUAGGGAUGAGGGGAGCUGGCUGGAUAUUGGGACGAGCAUCACUAAUUUCUGUAUUGCGAGCGGGCUGUGUGUGUUUGUGAGCGCGUUGGAGGGGGUCAGUGAGGUGUUGAUUGGGGGCGUGGAGUUUGGGGAUGAAGAGACGACACAUCAAGGUGCUGGUAUGGCGAAAGCGGCUAAUGGAGGUCUGCGGGACAUGAUAGGGGAAGUGAAGACCGAAUCUAGAGGAUAA